GGACUUGUCAUCGUCAACCACAUCCCCUUUUCACUUACAUUAAUCAUGUCGGAUCAGCUUAGCUUGCAGUCGAGAAUCAAGAUGCGGGAUGGGCGGGGGAUCCCGGUAGUUGGGUUCGGAACCUACGAGAUGGAUGGAAGAGAAGCGUACGAAGCUGUGACCGCCGCACUCGAGACCGGGUACCGCCACAUCGACUCUGCCGAGUGGUACGAGAACGAGCGCGAGGUCGGCCAGGCUAUCCGCGACUUCUGCAAGAAGCACAACGUUCCGCGCGAGGAGAUCUUCUACACCUCGAAGCUCAAGCUCAACAACGGGUACGCGGGUGUGAAGGCGGCGAUCAAGCGCUCGCUCGAUGCGUGCGGACUUGGGUAUAUCGACUUGUACCUUAUCCAUGGACCGAUAGGCGGCCCGCAGGCGAGGAAGGAGAGCUGGCAGGCUAUCUGCGAUGUGCAGAAGGAGGACGGGACACUGAAGACGUGUGGGAUUAGCACGUACGGCGUCAAGCAUAUCCGUGAGAUGGAGGAGUACGGGCUACCGAUGCCUGUCGUGCAUCAGAUCGACCUGCACCCGUUCCAGACGAGGCAGGCUAUCGUUCACGAGUCGAAGAAGCAUGGUAUGACUAUGGAGGCUUGGGCUCCGCUCGUUCGCGCUAUGCGCUUCGAUCACUGGGCGAUCAGCAGGGUGGCGAAGAAAUACAAUAAGUCGCCCGCGCAGGUGCUUUUGCGCUACUCUUUGCAGAAGGGCUACGUUCCGCUGCCCAAGACGGUCAGCAAGGAGCGGAUGGUGUCCAACGCCGACAUCUUCGACUUCGAGUUGUCCGAAAUCGAGAUGGCGGACUUCGACGGAUUGGACGAAGGCCUGGUCACCGACUGGGACCCGACGACGGUGCCUUAGACUAGGGGCCUACGAGUAAAAUCCAGCGUACGCAAUCCGUGUUCAUUGAGGAUACGGAAACCCCAAAAUGUAGAUCGUACAAAGGCAAUGUAAAACAACACAGUCGAUCGGGAAUGACACCGCGCGCGACGAGUAAUCCUCAGCUUCGAAGUACUGUAGUGCUCAAAGGUGCAGCGGGCUGCCCUCGGCUAAAGUGUACUGUGGUUCGCAUCAUAGGCUCGCCGCGCACGGUGCGCUAGACGAGGCAAGGCCCGCCCAACGUCUCGAGUGCGUGUAUC